UCCGCCCCCCUCCUGCGCCGCGGCUGCUGCCUGCUGUCCCGCCGGGCCGCCUGGACUCGCAGCUUUGCAGUUAACCUUCCCCUUCAUUCUCUUCUCUUGCUCUUGUCUUUGCUCUGUCUCCCAUAUCCCGCCCUGGAAGCUCCUUCCGGAUCUGCUCCACCCUGUCUGCAUCCUGUCCUCCUCCUCCAUGUCCCAUUUUAGGAGUUUACUCCAUUCACAAGGCUCACCAGGUCCUUGGUUUCCUCCAAAAUGAUGGCAAGAGAGUGAGAAAAGAUGAGCCCCACAAAAAGUGUGGGACCCAAGAGACAAGGACUGUGUUUCUGAGAGGGGGCCCAGCCAUGGCCACAGGAGGGAAAAGCAGCCAAUCUAGCAUCCAUCGUUACACCAACCGUCUGAUUAACGAGAAGUCUCCCUACCUCCUCCAGCAUGCCCACAAUCCAGUGGACUGGUACCCGUGGGGCCAGGAAGCCUUUGAUAAAUCAAAGAAAGAAAAUAAGCUGAUAUUUCUGUCAGUCGGCUAUUCCACCUGCCACUGGUGCCACGUGAUGGAGCAGGAGUCCUUCAAGAACAAAGAGAUCGGCAAGAUUCUGAACGACAACUUUGUGUGCAUAAAAGUGGAUCGUGAGGAGCGACCAGAUGUGGAUAAAGUUUACAUGACCUUUGUGCAGGCCACCAGCAGUGGAGGGGGCUGGCCAAUGAGUGUGUGGCUGACUCCUGACCUCAAACCCUUUGUAGGUGGGACAUAUUUCCCUCCUGAAGACGGAAUUUACCAAGUCGGCUUUCGGACGGUGCUUCUCCGAAUUGCUGAUCAGUGGAAGCAGAACAAAAAUGCCCUUUUGGAGAAUAGCCAGAGGAUUAUGUCAGCACUGCUGGCAAGGGCUGAGAUCGGCAUCAAAGGGGAAGAUUCGCCCCCACCUUUUCCAGAGGUGAUGGCCAGGUGUUUCCAGCAGCUGUCUGAAUCAUAUGAUGAGGAAUAUGGUGGCUUUUCAGAGUUUCCAAAGUUCCCCACGCCAGUUAAUUUAAAUUUCCUGUUCACAUACUGGACCCUACACCGGGCAUCCCCUGAUGGCGCACGGGCCUUGCAGAUGGUGCUGCACACUCUCAAGAUGAUGGCCUAUGGUGGGAUUCAUGAUCACAUUGCUCAGGGAUUCCAUCGCUACUCCACUGACCAGAGAUGGCAUGUUCCUCAUUUUGAGAAGAUGCUGUAUGAUCAGGGGCAGCUAGCUGUGGUCUAUGCCAGGGCGUUUCAGAUUUCUGGCGAUGAAUUCUUUGCCGAUGUUGCUGCGGACAUUCUGCUCUAUGUCUCCCGCGAUCUGAGUGACAGGGCUGGAGGGUUCUACAGCGCAGAGGACGCAGACUCCUACCCGACGGCCAAGUCCAAAGAGAAGCGGGAGGGGGCCUUCUGUGUAUGGAUGGCAGAGGAAAUACGGUGCCUCCUUCCAGAGCCUGUGGAAGGGGCCUUGGAACAGAAGACUCUGGCAGAUGUGUUCAUGCAUCACUAUGGGAUUAAGGAAGGUGGGAACGUGAGCCCAGCGAAGGACCCGCACCAGGAGCUGAGGGGACAGAACGUGCUGAUUGUGCAGUAUUCCCUGGAGCUGACGGCAGCCAGGUUCGGGCUGGGCCUGGAACAGCUCAAGACGAUGCUGGUGAAGAGCAGAAAGCGACUCUGCGAAGCCCGGGGUCACCGACCACGCCCGCAUCUGGACACCAAGAUGCUGGCAUCCUGGAAUGGCCUGAUGAUCUCGGGCUUCGCUCAGACUGGGGCAAUCCUCCGCAAGGAGGAGUACGUCAGCCGGGCUGAGCUGGCUGCUGACUUCCUGCGAGGCCACCUGUUCGAUGCCAGCAGCGGCAGGCUGCUGCGGAGCUGCUACCGGGGCAAAAGCAGCUCGGUGGAGCAGAGUGCUGUUCCCAUUCAGGGUUUCCUGGAGGAUUAUGUCUUUGUGAUCCAGGCUCUCUUUGACCUUUACGAGGCCUCGCUGAACCAGAGCUGGCUAGAGUGGGCCGUGCAGCUCCAGCGCAAACAAGACGAGCUCUUCUGGGACUCCAAAGGCUUUGCGUAUUUCUCCAGCGAGGCUGGGGACUCUUCUCUGCUCCUCCGCUUGAAGGAUGAUCAAGAUGGCGUGGAGCCCAGCGCCAACUCCGUGGCCGUUGGUAACCUGCUCAGGGCAGCCUGUUACUCCGGCAACAUGGAGUGGGUGGAGAAAGCCGGGCAGAUCCUGGCUGCCUUCUCGGAGAGGCUGCUGAAGAUCCCUGUGGCCCUGCCAGAGAUGGCCCAAGCCACCGUGGCCUUUCACCGCACUCUCAAACAGGUCGUUAUCUGCGGCGCCCCAGAAGGAGAAGAUACUAAAGAUCUGCUCCGCUGUGUCCACUCCGUCUUCGCUCCAAACAAGGUACUGAUGCUGGCGGAUGGGGACAGUACUGGAUUCCUGUACCACCACUUGCCCUUCCUCUCCUCCCUGGAGAGGAAAGACGGAAAAGCCACUGCUUAUCUCUGUGAAAACUUUGCCUGCUCCCUGCCUGUCACCUCCUCCCAGGAGCUGCGCAGACUGCUGCUGCUGUGAGCUGUCGCCCUGGGGCCCCGCCAGGCACCCUGCUGUCUCAGUGAAGAUAAAAGAAAAUAGACUAGCGAGACUGCCGCGGUGACUACACAUGGACGCAGCACAGAACUCUGCAAUAAAGUCACCUUUUGCACAAGCCACCCGCCGGAUUGUUCUUAGUGAAACUGACAAGCAGUUCCCUGCUGGCUCCCCACCACCCAUCCAUGAGCAGCUCGGUCCUCUGAGAUGGUUUUAGACCUUGUGUUUCAGUUGUAACAGUGUCUUUCCUCUUCCUCAUCAGGAAGACUCACACUCCCAGUUCUCAAGAGCACUGCCCAUUUGGGGCUGAUUAUGUUUCUUGCAUUCAAAUCCCCAGGGACAGGUACAGUCAGUUCUGAUCUGAACCAUGACCAGUUGAGUCAAAUAUGAAGAGACCACAUGCAGUGGAAUCCAAUCAUAACAUUUUCCUAGGUAGGUUUUGCAGUACCCCGGGUGGUGGCAUUGUCCCUGUUUAUGGAAACUGAGGCACAGAGAGAUUCAUCUGCCCAGAUUACAUAGGACUCCUGGAUUCUAUUCCUGGCUCUUCCUGACUUCCCAUCCCCCUACUCCAAUGUUUCUCAACUGGUGUGUUGCAAUCCCUGGGAGUGGGGUGGGUGUUGUGUAAGGCAAUUCAGGUUGGGGGGAUGAGGGGGGCAGGGGGAGGCACUGGAAAUUUUAGUACAAAUGAAGAUAACGAAAGUCUCACUCCCUGCGCAGCCUCCCCUUUCAAUGUCAAGGAUUCUCUGUCAGCCUCUCCAAACACAUGCACAAAUCAAUUACACAGGCUUAUUAGCACAGUUAGCAUGAAUACAUUUUUACUCGUAAAUGCAAGGAAGGUUACAACAUUUUUUUUUAC